AUGCCCACCUCCACCCUCGCCCCCAAGGCCCGGCCCCUGCCGCAGGGCGUAUACACACCCGUGCUGACGCUGUACAGGGCCGACGCGGCUCAGGAGGUCGACUACGACGCCAUGCGCCUACACGCGCGCCACCUCCUGCGCUCCGGCCAGCACGGGCUCGUGUACCUGGGCACCAACGGCGAGCUGGCGCUGCUGGACCGCGCCGAGCGCGUCAAGAUCGUCGCCAUGGCGCGCUCCGCCGUCGCCGACGUCGGCCCGCCCGCCGACUACCCCAUCGUGGCCGGCGUCAGCGCCCAGAGCACCAGGGAGACUAUCCUGUGCGCGCGCGAGGCGGCCGAGGCGGGCGCUAAUUUUGGCCUGCUGCUGCCGCCCAGCUACUGGGCCAAGGCCGUCACGCCCGACGCCCUGCUGGCGUACUACCGGGAGGUUGCCGAUGCGAGCCCGAUGCCUAUUGUGAUUUACAACUUCCCCGGCGUCACGGGCGGCAUCGACCUCGGCUCGGACCAGAUCGCGGCCCUGGCCGAGCACCCCAACAUCGUGGCCGUCAAGCUCACGUGCGGCAACGUCGGCAAGGUGGUGCGCCUGGCCUCCAAGUUCGCGCCCGCCCAGUUCGGCGUCUACGGCGGCUCGGCCGACUACCUGGUGCCGACGCUCGAGGGCGGCGGCGUCGGCUGCGUCACUGGUAUGGGCAACGUUUUCCCGCGCGCCACCGCCCGCGUGUACGACCUGUGGCGUGAAGGCAAGGUCGACGAGGCCAAGAAGCUGCAGGAGCUCGUUGGCAAUGCCGAGUGGGCGUGCAAGAAGGGGCUGUCGCUGGCCAAGUUUGCCGCCUGGCACUUUGUCGGGAAGAAGCACCUGGGGCUGCAGGACAGGGCCACGUUUGCGCCGCGAAAGCCGUACCUGGAGCCUGGCGAGGCGCAGAGGGAGUGGACUGUCAGGACGAUGCAGGUGCUUGAGGAGGCUGAGGAGGCGAUUCCGCUGAGGAGUUUCAAGUAAUGGGGUGUGUGGGUACAAUACCUGUAAAUAAGAUAAAAUUCUAUCGUUAGUUUGAACUAGAAUACCCUGAAACUGUUGUUAAACCG